CUGGCACUGACUGUUACGUCGCUUAGUUACACUUUACGUUACUCCGUUACAGUUGAAUUUAGACAACAACGUUGCUAAAUUCAGUUUAACGAAGGUUUAGGAGUUGAAGAAACCUCGGCAACCUGUUUCUGUAGGUGGGGGUUUGUUGUGGUGUGUGUACCAUAGUGACACGGGGGUGGGUCCUCUCUGAAGUUUUGCGGUUUUCAAGGCAACCGACCCCCGUUGCUGUGCUCUGCCUUCUGAAGCCAAUGUGUCCCUCCGUGGUAUGAGGGACUGCAUUCAAAGAGAUCCCCCCCUUCCUUAAGACUGCAGACUGACCGAAAGCUCCUCCUUAGCUCUACCUCUGGAUUGUAACCCCUUUUCUGACAUGACCUGUAAUCGAUGACCUUCUGCAGUCAUGGCUUUGAACGUUUUCCUCACAGAUCAACAAGAAAGGAUGAAGGACGCUUCAGUGUCAGGCUAAGACCAUCUGAGGUCACAGCUGAGGCCUAGAGGAGAAUGGAGAGAAUAAAUAACACCAAAGCUGGGGUGAUUUGCUGGACCCCUGCCCCGGCCCCCAGCUCGCCCACCAGCUCUGUGAUAUAUGAGGAGGACUGGGAUGGUGAGGACGAAGAACAGGCAGAGAAAAGCGACGACUUUGAUAGCCAGAUGGACGAGAAUGGCAUCAUCGGACUGUCUGAAGCACUGGAGGAUGCAGAGUUGGUUGACUCAGAUUGUAACUCAAACUCCCGUGGACCCCUCACCCCAGAGGAGGAAGACCCUAGUGGGCAUGAGAGGGAGACGCCCGAGGAGCUGAGCAACAACCUGAGUGAACAUCUGUCCCACACCGAAUCAGAAGAGGACAAAACUCUGUCAUCAUAUGAGAACUUGAUUGAGAGCUUUGAAGCACAACAGUUGGCUAGAAAGGUCGGGCAGAGGAAAGAAGAGCCGGGGAAAGAGUGUGUCUCUGAGUGGGAAGAAUACACGGAGGAGAAAGAUGGAGAGGUAGCAGAGAAGAGGAGUGACAGGAAGAGAGAAAACGAUCAACACAAAAGAGAGAUUGGAACUACCAACGGCUUUUCUGAAAGCCAUACUUCCAAAGAAGAGAUUGAGAAGACCAACUCUAAGCCAUAUUGUGGUGCUCACCUGUCAGAGAAGGAACCUGUCAGAGUCUCCACUCACCACCGCAGAAUAUCCCACCCUGCCUCCCCUCUCACAGCGCUCCCCUUCCCCCACCUUCUCCACUUCUCCCCUGAGGAAAUGGCUGCUGCUCAGGGCAUUGACACUGAAACCUUUCCAGACAACAGCGCUGCUGAAAGUCUUCCAGAAUCACACCGCAGCCACCUAAGCCUUGAGUCCAGUCCUCGCUGUCCUGAGGUAAAGCCCAGGGCUUCUCUUCAGCUGGCAGACAUGUUCUCUGAUGAAGGAACCUCAAACCAUUGCAGUCGAGUUAGUACAUUGCCCUCAAAGGGACAAGAUAAGUCUGAUAAACAACCAAGUCCCUCACCAAGGAAGUUGAGGCAGCCAUCUCCUGAAGCAACAUAUCCACAGACUCGAUUCCUCGGCACAGCCAAGUCCUUAAAGUUCAAACAGAAAACAGCGAGUCCUGACCGAGAGUCGAGGAUACCCAGACCCAGGAGUAAUGCUGCUGAGGUGGACGAGUCCAGAAAAGGGCCACCGAGUUAUCGCAUACCAGACUUCUCCAACGUGGAGCCCAGGGUCUUUUUCCCAAAAGAUGGUUACACCCCCCCUAAGAGUGCACGCUGUUUCAAGAGAGAGUCCUUGUCCCCUGGGCCCCCCUUCAUGUUCAAAUCCCCCGCUGACAUCGUGAAAGAAGUCCUGCUGAACUCCCACAAUACAUCUCCUGCCUCAUCAGACUCCUACAAGCCAAUCAGCAGUGCCCUGAACUCCAGCGUGCCUCAGGACUUCAGAUCCCGCUUGCAGGCCUCCGACCUGCUGGACCAGCUGCAGGAGGACUACUACAGACUGCUGACUAAGCACGCCGACGCGGAGAACACCAUUGAUCGCCUGCGUCUGGAAGCCAAGGUGAACCUGUUCUCCGACCCCCCAAAGCCCGGCCACUUGGUUCAGUCCGGACCGAACCAAGGCUCCUCAAAGAUGAUGGUGCUGGACUUCCCUCGGGCUCAGAGGGCAGAGAUAAGCUCCGCCUCUCCCCAUCCAAAUGGACAACAGAGAAGUCCAUCGGCCUGUUCUUCCACAGAAAGCCCAGACCCUGAGGUGGGACAGCAGCUGGCCGGCAUUCUCUUCUAUCAGGCCGACAAGUUCCUCCAGCAGGUACGAGAUCCUUCCAAACUAUCAACAGUGACGCUAGAGCUUCGAUGAUGAGAUGAAAAUAUGAACGUUUCUACUCAGAUGCAGACUUUUGAGCAUCUCCUGAAGAGCAAAAGACUCAAAC